CAAUUCAAAUUAAACCGUUCUUCCUUAACCAUCUUCUUCCUCUGUUUCCUCCAAAAUAUUCAGAGAAUUUGAAAUCUCAUUCAAUGGCUACACCAAACGAAGUAUCAGCUCUUUUCCUCAUCAAGAAGUAUCUUCUCGACGAAUUGUCUCCGUUGCCUUCUGCCACCACCAACCGAUGGAUGAACCAAUCGGAUUUUUCCAUCUUCGGUUCAUCUGCUCAUGAUUUCACGUCAUUUCAUCAAACCGGUUUAGAGUUUUCUGAAUUUGAAACCAAACCGGAAAUAAUCGAUCUCGUCACACCCAAACCGGAGAUUUCUGAUUUCGAGCUUAAACCUAUAAUUGAUUCACAAGUGAAAUCUGAAAUUCCACUAGAAUCGAACGAUUCCUUCACGUUCCAAUCGAAUCCUGCUCGCGUUAUUGUUCAAUCCAAUCGAAAACCGCCGUUGAAAAUCGCGCCACCGAACCGAACCAAGUGGAUUCAAUUCGCAACCGGAAAUCCUAAACCGGAACUUCCCGUACCGGUUGUAGCAGCAGAAGAGAAGAGGCAUUACAGAGGAGUGAGAAUGAGGCCGUGGGGGAAAUUCGCGGCGGAGAUUCGAGAUCCGAACCGUCGUGGAACUAGAGUUUGGCUGGGGACGUUUGAGACGGCGAUCGAAGCGGCUAGAGCUUACGACAAAGCAGCGUUUAGACUCCGAGGAUCAAAAGCGAUUCUGAAUUUCCCGCUUGAAGUUGGCAAGUGGAAUCCACGCGCUGAAGAUGGUCAUUGCCUGAACAACAAACGGAAGAGAGACGGCGAGGAGGAGGAAGUGACGGUGGUUGAUAAAGUGCUUAAGACAGAGGAGAGUUACGCCGUUAGCGGCCGCGAGAAUGUUGAAUCAGCGGCGUCAGGUUUGACGGCGUUUGAUGACUGGGACAUGACGGAGUUUCUGAGCAUGCCGCUUUUAUCGCCGUUAUCUCCACACCCACCUUUUGGUUAUCCACAAUUGACCGUUGUUUGAAUUUUAUUUUUUUCUGUUGGGUCAGCUUUGUUGUAUGCUGACGUGGAAUUAUGGCAC